UCGUGCGGUAACUGCUGAUGCACUACAUGCAUUGUUGUGUACACCUGCUGCACUUCAAGCGCUGGACCGAAUAUUGGACUUGUCACUCAGCUAUGUUUUCUUGAACUUUCUUUGAAUAAUGAAGGCCUACCCUGAAAGCACCCUGCCACUCUACAACGAGCAAAAUGUGGCUCAACUACAGCGGUUUUUCGGUCUGGAAUUAGCCGCAAAAACAGCCGAAGAAUGCGUGCAAAAAACAGUUGAACUUCCCAAUAAUGGCAAUGAUGUACGUGUUGACGACAAGGACCGCGGUAUCACUUACUUUCAGCUGAAACACCGCAAAUCGGGGGAAGCCCAUGAGAGUUGCAACGGGGACGCUGGGUCACCAGCACCCGUCAACUCGGAGGAAGCAAAUGCAAACCCCAGAGAGAGGUACCAUGUUGGGAGCUGGUUUUGGUACUGUGUAUUCUCCUUUGGUGCUGCGCUAGGCGAUGAUCUGUUCUACUUCUUCGUUUUCCCGUUUGCCAUUGCCAACAUGUCAUGGUGGGUCAUCCGACGAUUGCUGAUGGUAUGGGGUUUUUGUAUGUUCAUUGGGCAGGCGAGUAAGGAAAUCUUGCAGUGGCCAAGACCCAGCGAGCCACCUGUGAUACGCUUGGAGAAGCGGUACUUCAAAGAGUAUGGUAUGCCAUCCACCCAUGCUAUGGUUGGUACACUGGUCCCAUUUACAUUGUUGGUCAGCACAUGGAAUCAUUAUGAGUACCCACACAUGCUUGGCAUUGUCUUGGCAUGCAACUGGACGUUGUUGGUUUGUUGCAGCAGACUGUACCGAGGAAUGCAUUUUAUGUUGGAUAUUGUGGCAGGUGUGACACUGACGUGCCUACUGAUGGCCCUCAUCUGGCCCUGGCUGGAUAUGUUGGACCACUUCCAGUUAACCCAUCCCUACGCACCUGUCAUCAUCAUUAUUGUAACGCUCCUUCUCUGUAUCCUGUAUCCAGCCCUGGAUGGUGUUGGUGCAACCCGGAAAGACACAAUCUCUAUCCUUGGCGCCAUGGCUGGGGGUUCCUCUGCCUUUUGGUUCAACUACCACAAUGGGAUCUUACCCGACGCCGAUGGACCGCUUGGCGGGGUGAUCAUGUGGCCCGAUAUGCCCACCGCUGGUGUUAUGUUUGUUAAGUAUGCUUUGGUGAAAGUAUGUGCUAUUAUUUUGUUCUUCGGAACAAAGUUCCUUGUGAAGAAAUUCUUCUAUUACGUGGUUGGCAUCGAAGUAAAUGAAGAGACCAAAAAGCUGUUGAUUAUCCAGAUACCUUAUGGCUAUAUCCCGCAUUGGUUAACCAUGAUCAUUGGGUUUCAAUUGGGACCAUGGAUUUACAGGUGGCUUGGACUGGAAUGAAAAUGAAAAAACACAGACACUAAUCAUAUCCUUUAUAUUCUUGGGUCUGUUUUGUGGAAUAUUUGAUUGAAACACUGAUCCUAACAACAGUGACUGUAUGCGAUGCUAAAAUUACUGCAUUCUUAAAGGGAGGGUAUACCUUUGGUAAAUUCUCAAAAAAUUAACUACCAUAAAAAUUGACUUUGUAAAGAUCACUGGAGAGAUGUUGAUAAAACAGCAGUAGAAAAAAAACGAACCGUUGAAAUAUUGUAAUUUCAGAAAGUAAUAAUUGGUCACCCAAAAAAUUGAAUCUGAAAAAAGACUUCAAAUAGGCAUGAAGCCAGAGCUGCCUUUUCAGGUAUCUGAAAUCUGAAAGCACACAGUUCUAUGAAACUGGUCAUAAAUAGUACUAGCAACAAGUUAAAUAAAUUUUGGUUUACCCAUAUAAACCGAAGCGAUGUGUGUAAUCGUACUAGUACAUGCCCUAUUUCUGUGAAUUUUGUUUAUAGGCACAUUACGCCAACUCGGGUGGGAUUCAAACCAAACAAGAAAACUCCAUUAUCUGUAUUUGAUUAUUAACGAUCCUGUAAAUGUAUUUAAAAUACCUUUUUUUUUAUUUUCAAUGAAA